UCGUGCUGCUAGGUAGACAGAAAAUGUCAUUUGCAGUGUCCAACUCGUGCUCUUAAGGGUACACUUCAGUGAAAAUUGUGUUGGAUGGCGAAAAGAGAAGAAUAUAAUUCCAGAAUGAGUGAACCAAGUAUGUUUCUGCAACCGCUCAUCUCCUGUCAUUGGUCGUGGAAAAGAAAACUCCGGGAAGUCCCUCUUCAAAUAGCUGCAAUUCUGGCAGUUAUAUCUUUACUACUGCCAACAGCUCACGCUGAAUGUCGGCGGCAAGAUGUUCGACAGUGCGAAGCGAUAUGUGUUCCCAUCGAUUCCGGGAGGCGGGUGAUCGAAAACAACUCAAGCGUCAGUUCUCAGCUGGAAACAAAUCAGUGGAAGUGUGAAUUGAGAAUAAUAGUGAUUUUACCCGCCAACACAAGUAUCGAAGCGUCAUCACCAAGAGUUCAUCCGGUGCUAUUGAAAGCCGAAGAUUAUAUCAGAUCUCAGAAAAUUAUACCAUCGUCGGUUGCAAUAAGGUGGAUUUUCUACGAUGACAAAUGUGACCAGGCUAGGGCUACCGUUUCGGCGAUGGAUGGCACUGGCAGGGACUGUGGCCAUGUUAUUCUUGGCCCGGCCUGUGAUUUGUCUUUAGGUGAGUUGGUAAUAGAUUUAAGUAACUAUAUAUUAGGGUGGUUCAAAAUAUCGAUUUUGCUCCACCACACUUAAUAGAUUCAUAAUCAGGUCCUGAUCAUCCUCCCACAAUUU